AUGAAUCUGAAUCUGAAUUUGAAUAUGAAUAUGAAUCUGAAUCUGACCAUACACUUCACUUUAAUAAAAUAUUCGCGAUCUAUAAAGCAGCAGAAGUUGUGUAAACACAAAAAAGCGCUGACAGUGUACAGGGUGGUUUCAGAAGCAGUGAUUACGAGAUCAUCAAAUACCGGCAUUAAAAAAAGAAAGCUCAAACAGCGGACAGAAACAAACAAUAUGGCCCUCCAGCACUCUCUAUCACAUGAGAAGGCGUUAUCUAACCGAAUAUAUACCAACAAGAAAUCCAAGGAAACAGUGAAAAUUCAAGAAAAAGUAUGCCAUUGUGUAUGGUCUCCUCCAAAAAUGGGCGAAUUGAUAACUGCUAACCACUUUUGUAAAAUCCCAAUGGGGUUCAUGUGCAGGCUUAAAAAAGGCUGCAAAUAA